UCGGUUAUAUCGGUGUUCCAUUGAUCUAAUAAAACUUAAAAAAUAACAAAGAAAAAAAAUAUUGAUAACCCGAAUUAAAAUUUGAAUUUGAUUCUAAAAGAAUUUCUUAUUAUUUAAUUUAUUAAUUGUUAAAAAAAUACAAAAAAAAAAUUAAAUCGAAAAAAAUGGUUUCAAAAUUGUGUUUAAAUGUUAUCCUUGCCAUUACUUUAUUCGGUUGCAAUGUUUUAGCAAAACCAGGAUAUGCUCAUCAUGGAUAUAACGUUGAUUAUUAUGAUCAUCCAAAAUAUGCUUUUAAUUAUGGAGUAGCUGAUCAUACAACUGGUGAUGUUAAAUCACAACAUGAAGUGCGUGAUGGUGAUGUUGUUAAAGGACAAUAUUCUUUAGUUGAACCUGAUGGUUCAAUUCGAACAGUUGAUUAUACUGCAGAUCCUGUUCAUGGUUUUAAUGCUGUUGUCUCAAAAACAGGUCCAACAAUUCAUCAUACACCAGUAGUACAUUCUGCACCAGUUGUACAUGCUGCUCCAGUUGUUCAUGCUGCACCUGUUGUACAUAAAACUAUUUUGCCAGCAGCACCAGUUGUUGUUGCAUCACCAGCACCAUAUGUUGCACAAAAAUUACAUUAUGCAUCACCUAGCCCAAUUCAUUAUGAUUAUGAUAAUUAUGAUAAUUAUUAUGAUGGAGGGCAUUAUGGGCAUUAUGAUCAUUAUGGGCAUUAUUAGAGACAAAGAAUAUAACAAAAGAGCAACAACAAAUUAACAACAAAAUUUUUUAUAAAAUAAAUUAAGGCAGCAGCAUCUCAAUUUCUUCCUUUUUUUUAUGUACAAUAAUAAUUCAUUUUUUUUUAUAUAUAAUUAUAAAACAUUAAAAAAAUAUGUUUAUUUUUUGUUUAAAUAAUUAGAAUCACCUUGUAAAGUAUAAAAUGGAAAAUUUUAUUUAUAAAGAAUUUUCCAUUUUUUACAUUUUUUGUAAAUAUACUUAUAUAUAUAGCAAUAACUCAAUAAUGUAAAGGAUUCAAAAUUUUCAUUAAAUAAAAAAGGACAUUAAAUUACAGAAAUAAAAUAAGAUCAAACAAAAUACCAAAAUAAAAUCAAAUAUAAGCGUUCAAUUAACAAAAAAAAAAAAGUAAAGAGAAAAAAAUAAUUUAAUAAAUUUGUAAAAAUUUUCAUUUUAAAAUAACAUGAAAAAAAAACCAACAAAAAAUAUGUAAGUAAUUCAAUUAAUUUAAAAUAUGUAGAAUAAUUUUUAUAAGA